GUGUUUGCAAUGAACCAGUCUGAUCCUGUUUUCUCUGCAGUUGGUGACUGCAAGUACAGCAAGGUUAUACCACAAGGAAGUGGUGGAUUUCUCGACUCAGACACUCUUUACGGAUUAUCUCGUUCUUUGCCUCGAAGUCCUCGCAGAUAUACAGCGGAAAAUUCAGUGAAAUUUGGAGCUCCUAGGGACACUGAUCAUCCUGAACUCAGACAACCUCUGGCACUAGAAGUAUGGGAGUCAGUAGUGAAAUCACUUGAUCCAGGAUCCAAGGUUACCAUUUUAACCAAUGGUCCAUUGACCAACAUAGCAAAGAUUGUUCUCGCAGGCAAAAAUAUGACCAACGCCAUCCAGGCAAGUGUUACUUCUAUCCUUAUGAUCUUACGAGAGAUAAUCAAUGCAGGAUUACUCAUUCAAGAAUCAAUAUUAAUAUGGCUAUCCUGAGCCAAGCAUGACAUCCUAGCUAGCUGCAUAUCGUUUCCUAAUACCUUGGCAGCCUAAGUCAGUUGCAAUGUCACAUCAACACAUUUCUAUAUCACUCAACUGCAACGAUUGUUGUUUGAGUUUACAGCUCGAGAUAUCCAUAAUAGACAUUCCUAAGUGAAAAAACUCUUUCUUUUGAAUU